CUGAUUAUUAAUCUUGGUCAUAAUCGUAAUCAUAAUGAAAUAUUAAAAAUAAAAGUAUGCAGUUUGUUUUAAUACACAGAUUCACAUUCCUCAUAGAUCUAUGCGCUUAGAUCUGUCUGUCUGAACACAACCAGAGAAACAGGACAGGGGGACAUUAUUUUACUGCGUCUGUUAGCACAGCGGUUAGCAUAUCGGUUAGCAUAUCUGUUAGCACAGCGGUUAGCAUAUCGGUUAGCAUAUCUGUUAGCACAGCGGUUAGCAUAUCGGUUAGCAUAUCUGUUAGCACAGCGGUUAGCAUAUCUGUUAGCACAGCGGUUAGCAUAUCGGUUAGCAUAUCUGUUAGCACAGCGGUUAUGGUUCAGUGAAACAAGGGGAUACAAAUAAUUUGUUUUAAUGACAUUAAACAUCAGAUGCUUUAUGAUAUGAUUUACAGGCUGUUAGCAUAACGUGAAACAUUUUGAGGAUUUUAAUUUGAUCAGAGAAAAAAACCUCCUGAAUGUUCCUGAGGAGAACAGAACCGACCCGAUUCUGUGGUACUGGUUCUGCUGAUUAGAUCAAACUCACCAGGAAGAGAAAACAGAUUCACUGCAAUAGCAGAGAGGAACCCCCCCCCCAGUCCCGGCCCUGUGGGGGGCCAGCGGAGCUCGGUGUGCGUCAUGACGUAACAGCCCGUCGUAGUAGGUGAUGACGUAGAGAGCAGAGCGGCGGCGCUGACCGGCGGAAAGAGGGCGAGCGUCCUGCACGAGGACAGGUAAAGCUAUAUCUCUGAUGUGAGAGCAGCUGGUCCGGUUCGGGUCGGUUCGGUCACUACAGAGAACCUCCAGCUGCUGCCGGUCGGUUCCGGUUCCGUUGCAUCCCGAUGCGCGUGUCCGUGUCCUGCUGCAGGACCUCAGGCUCGCGCGCGCCCCGGGACACUCCCGACCCGCAGAGGAAGAGCUACGGUCCGGUCCGGUCCGGUCCGGUCGGUCCGUCCGGACCCGGUCUCAUGCGUUCGAUUCGGGUUCGUGCUGCGGCUGAUGAGUCGGCUGGUUCCGGUGAUGAAGAGCGUCCUCAUCUUCAUCAGGUGAAUCACCAUGACAACAGAGCCAAGUGAAGCCCAGCCCCCAGAGGCGGAGCCUUUCCCUGAAGCCGCCGCCCACUCCACACCUAAACAGGGAGGGGAGGGCCCAGCUCAGAGCUCAUUGGCUGAGGACUCCAGCAGUCCGCUGUCGUCGGGCGGACGCGUCGCUCGCUCUCCGGCCAGAACCGCGCUGGGCUUCAGAACCAUGCAGACCCGGGUGUCGCUGCUGGACGGGUCGCAGUUCACCUGCAUCGUGGAGAAACGAUCUCGAGGUUUGCAGCUAUUUGAGAAAGUUUGUGACCAUCUCAACCUGCUGGAGAGAGAUUACUUCAGCCUGUCCUUCAGAGACGCAGACAACAACAAGAACUGGUUGGAUCCUGCGAAGGACAUCAAGAAGCAGGUCAGAGGCGUUCCCUGGAACUUCUCCUUUAACGUGAAGUUUUACCCUCCGAACCCGGCCCAGCUGUCUGAGGACAUCACCAGGUACUUCCUGUGUCUGCAGCUCAGACAGGAUAUCGUUUCCGGACGUCUUCCAUGUUCCUUUGCGACUCACGCCGUUCUUGGUUCCUACACGGUUCAGUCGGAGCUGGGAGACUACGACUCUGAUGAAUGUGGUCCAGACUACGUCAGUGAGUUGUGUUUUGCCCCAAACCAAACCAAGGAGAUGGAGGCCAAGAUCGUGGAUCUGCACCGGACCCUCAGAGGAAUGAGUCCAGCAGAAGCUGAAAUGCAUUUCCUGGAGAAUGUGAAGAAGCUCUCCAUGUACGGAGUGGACCUGCAUCACGCCAAGGACUCGGAGGGCGUGGCCAUCAUGCUGGGCGUGUGUAACAGCGGGCUGCUGGUGUACAGAGACCGGCUGAGAAUCAACCGAUUCUCCUGGCCAAAGAUCCUGAAGAUUUCCUACAAACGGAACAACUUUUACAUCAAGAUCCGACCUGGAGAGUUUGACCAGUUUGAGUCCAUCAUUGGCUUCAAGCUGCUGAACCACAGAGCGGCCAAGCGGCUGUGGAAGGUGUGUGUGGAGCAUCACUCCUUCUUCAGGCUGCUGUCUCCUGAGGAGCCGCCAAAGAAGUUUCUCUCUCUGGGGUCAAAGUUUCGCUACAGCGGUCGGACCCAGAUUCAGAGUCGCAGAGCCAGCGCUCAGAUAUCCAGACCCGCUCCUAACUUCCCACGAUGCAUCAGCAAGAGGAACAUGCUGAGCCGGAGCCUGGACGGAGCUUCCGGGACUACAGCAACGUCUUCUCUGAUUGGCUCUCCUGCCAUCACUGUGUCGCUCAAAGCCAACGGUCGAGCUUACUCAGACAUGGGCUCUGGACUGUAUGGAGCUUCAAAGGCCAUCGCUGUCAGCGACCACAUCGCCGCGGUAACCAGUAGCCUGGAUGACAGGAGGGAGGAGCCAGUUGAGGAGGUUCUGCUGCUGCUGGUGGAGGAGGAACAGAAAGAGGAGGAGAAGGAGGAGAAGGAGGAGAGGAAGACUGCAGACGUUUCUCCAGAAAGUCCUCCGUCUCCACAGAAACACGACACCAGGACGGAGCUGACGGACACCGUCGUCGAUGGCGACCUGACCGUGACCGAGUCUGAUCAGGACGAAGACUUGAAGACUCAGGAGACGCUGGGCAGCCCAGAGGACAUCGUCCAGACGUCCAUCAGCGCACUGCGGCGCUCCUUCCUGGAGGGACAGCAGGGGGGCGGCGGCAUGACGGAGUGGGACAAACGCCUGGCCUCGUCUCCUCUGCGCCGCGCUGACGACGCGCCCAUGAUCGAACCGCUGGAGCCGGAGGAGCCCAAACCGUCCUUUGAUGAAAUGUCUCCAGAACUGACGGCUCUGCUAAAGUCCGCCAGAGAGCAAGAGACCUUCAGGGAACACAACCUGCUAAAGACGUCGGAGAAGGUGGAGACGGUCUUUGUCCUCCCGGAGUCCAGGGACCCGGACCGGGACGUCGCAGAUCACUUUAAGGAAGUCCCCGUGAUGAGGAAGACUCUGACCUACGAAGCUCCAGGGAGCCAAGGUGGCGCUGAUCCCUCCGCCGGCCUCCUGCUGAGCUCCCAGACCUUCACCGCAGAGACGUCCAACACCACCACCACCACCCACAUCACCAAGAUGGUGAAAGGAGGAGUUUCAGAAACCAGAGUGGAGAAAAGAAUCGUCAUUUCUGGAGACACCGAGGAAGACCAUGAGCAGGCCCUGGCGGCGGCGCUCUGCGAGGCGCGGCGGCAGCAUCCUGAACUGUCCGUCACCAGAGUCGUCGUCCACAAAGAAACGGAGGUUCCUCCUGAUCACAUGAUCAAUUAGUGAUGUCACAGGCAGGACUGAAUGUUGAUCCUCUGUUGCAUUAUGGGAGUUGUAGUCCACAGCCAAUCCCAACAAGUGGAUUCUGACCCCGACUGGAGUGAAGAACUCACCACAUGAAUGCAUGCGCAAACACACACACACACACACACACACACGCUGGCGCUGUACGCUGCAGGAAGACUUUGGUCUCCAGGUGAAGCUGUGAUGUAUUUAAGAAGCCACGCCCCCUUAUACACCUCAAGCCACGCCCCUUGACUGCUUCAGGAAGCCUUCUGAUUGGACGACUGACUCAGGUGUGCUCUUGACUGACAGUUUGAGAACCUGCUGAGAAGCUUUUAUUAUGAAAAUCUGCUACCUGCCUCCAUCGCUUGCGCAGCCGAAGCUCAGCCAGUAUUUACCCAUGAUGCAACAAGAAGUGCCAUAGAGCUCAGAGGAAGCAGGUCUGAUCCUGAUGGUCGGCUCUGUUGGAGUGAACUUUGACCUCAGUCUGCUGUGGUAGACGCUAUACAGGAGAGUCCUUCAAAAUAAAAGCCCUGCUCGUAGUA